GAUAAAUUAGGAGGAAAUGAUGCUGGUGACGGAGAGCCAGGGAAUGGCCCCAGUUCAGCUGAGGAGCUGGGAUGGGCCAGCCACCAUGGGCUGCUGCUGCAGCUCGGACUACGACGAGGACUGGAUCGAGAACAUCGACAUCUGCGAGCACUGCAAUUACCCCAUCGAGCCCGACGGCAAGCGCCAGAGGCUGAUCCGCAACGGCUCCGAGGUUCGAGACCCCCUGGUGUCCUACGAGCCCUCGUCACCUCCCUGCUCCCCCAUGCAAGAGAAGCUGGUGGUGGCCCUGUACAACUACGAGCCCACGCACGACGGGGACCUGGGGCUGCGCAAGGGGGAGAAGCUGCGAGUGCUGGAAGAGGAAGGAGAGUGGUGGAAGGCGCAGUCGCUCACCACGGGCCAGGAGGGGCUGAUCCCCCACAACUUCGUGGCUUUGGUGAACAGCCUGGAGCCCGAGCCGUGGUUCUUCAAGAACAUCAGCCGCAAGGACGCCGAGCGGCAGCUCCUGGCCUCGGGAAACACCCACGGCUCCUUCCUCAUCCGGGAGAGCGAGACCUCCAAAGGCUCGUACUCGCUGUCCGUGCGGGACCUGGACGAGAGCCAGGGGGAGACGGUGAAGCACUACAAGAUCCGGAACCUGGACAACGGCGGCUUCUACAUCUCCCCCCGAGCGCCCUUCGGCAGCCUCAGGGAGCUGGUGCAGCACUACACACGCAGCUCCGACGGGCUCUGCUGCCGCCUGGGCAAGCCGUGCCAGACGCAGAAGCCGCAGAAGCCGUGGUGGCAGGACGAGUGGGAGGUGCCGCGGGAGUCGCUGAAGCUGGUGGAGAAGCUGGGAGCGGGGCAGUUCGGAGAGGUCUGGAUGGGCUUCUACAACGGGCACACCAAGGUGGCAGUGAAGAGCCUGAAGGCUGGCAGCAUGUCCCCCAGCGCCUUCCUGGCCGAGGCCAACCUGAUGAAGAAGCUGCAGCACCGGCGGCUGGUGCGGCUCUACGCCGUGGUCACCAAGGAGCCCAUCUACAUCAUCACCGAGUUCAUGGAGAAGGGCAGCCUGGUGGAUUUCCUCAAGACGUCGGAAGGGGUCAAGCUCAGCACCAACAAACUGCUGGACAUGGCAGCGCAGAUUGCCGAAGGCAUGGCCUUCAUCGAGGCCAAGAACUACAUCCACAGGGACCUGAGGGCCGCCAACAUCCUCGUCUCGGACACGCUGUGCUGCAAAAUCGCCGAUUUCGGGCUGGCGCGGCUCAUCGAGGACAACGAGUACACGGCUCGGGAGGGGGCGAAAUUCCCCAUUAAGUGGACGGCGCCCGAGGCCAUCAACUACGGGACGUUCACCAUCAAGUCGGACGUGUGGUCCUUCGGGAUCCUGCUCACCGAGAUCGUCACCUACGGCCGGAUCCCGUAUCCAGGGAUGACCAACCCCGAGGUGAUCCAGAACCUGGAGCGGGGUUACCGGAUGCCGCAGCCGGACAACUGCCCCGCGGAGCUGUACGAGCUGAUGAGGCAGUGCUGGAAGGAGAGCCCCGAGGAGCGCCCCACCUUCGAGUUCAUGAAGAGUGUGCUCGAGGAUUUCUUCACCGCCACCGAGGGCCAGUACCAGCAGCAGCCCUGAGGGCCGCGCUUUGGGGUGCUGGGGGUGCCCCACGUCCCCACAGACCGCACGGACAUCACCCUGGGCUGCGGGGGAACUCUGCCUCACGCUCGCAACGGGAGAUUUGAAGCGCUCAGCAGCUCCGGAGCGGCAGAUUUCACCCUUCAAGAGGGGAUGGACGGCCCAAAGCAGACCUCCAAAAGCUGGGGGACGGCACUGGGGGCUUCAGCGGGUGCCCACCCUGCUGAGCCAGGCUCCGGCCCCUCAGGAGCUGCCCAGGGCUCACCUCACCCCGCUCUGGCUGUGCCCCCUUCACCCCCCGGAGAUGGCAGCAGCGCUGCCCACUGCACCCCUCGGCCAG